GAGACGGCUCCGGGCGCUCUACAGUGUGCGUGUGACUUCGGGGUCCUUCACGUCAGUCUGUCUACCUCCGCUGGAGCCGCACGGCAUCUCCGCGAGCACCCGCAUUAGUUGUGGUACAUGGCGACGCUGGCCUCUCUCUUGGGCCGCGGGGCUCCCUCGGCUGGUCUGCCCCUCCGGAAGUUGCUGCGGGAAUUUAAAUAUGUGUAUAGGAGCUAUGCAUCAAAGCCCACUUUGAAUGAAGUGGUCAUAGUAAGCGCAACAAGGACACCUAUUGGAUCUUUUCUAGGAUGCCUUUCCACACUUCCAGCUACUAAACUUGGUUCCAUAGCCAUUCAAGGAGCCAUUAAAAAAGCUGGGAUACCAAAGGAGGAAGUCAAAGAAGCAUACAUGGGCAAUGUUAUUCAGGGGGGUGAAGGACAAGCACCAACCAGGCAGGCUGUACUUGGAGCAGGUUUACCCAUCUCUAUUCCAUGCACCACUGUCAACAAAGUUUGUGCUUCAGGAAUGAAAUCCAUUAUGAUGGCAUCUCAGAAUUUAAUGUGUGGCCAUCAGGAUGUGAUGGUUGCAGGUGGAAUGGAGAGUAUGUCCAAUGUUCCAUAUGUAAUGAACAGAGGAGCAACUCCUUAUGGAGGAGUAAAACUUGAAGAUUUAAUUGUAAAAGAUGGACUAACUGAUGUCUACAAUAAAAUUCAUAUGGGUAACUGUGCUGAGAAUACGGCCAAGAAACUUAACAUUUCACGAGAAGAACAAGAUGCGUAUGCCAUAAAUUCUUACACUAGAAGUAAAGCAGCAUGGGAAGCUGGAGUAUUUACAGAUGAAAUUACUCCAGUUACAAUUACACAAAAAGGUAAACCAGAAACAGUGGUAAAAGAAGAUGAAGAGUACAAACGUGUUGAUUUUAGCAAAGUCCCAAAACUGAGGACGGUUUUCCAAAAAGAAAAUGGCACAGUGACAGCCGCCAAUGCCAGCACACUGAAUGAUGGAGCAGCUGCUCUGGUUCUGAUGACAGCAGAUGCAGCCAAGAGGCUCAAUGUUAAACCGCUCGCAAAAAUUGUAGCAUUCGCAGAUGCUGCUGUAGAACCUAUUGAUUUUCCAAUUGCACCUGCUUAUGCUGUACCAAAGAUACUUAAAGAUACAGGAUUGAAAAAAGAUGAUAUUACAAUGUGGGAAGUAAAUGAAGCUUUUAGUGUAGUUGUAUUAGCAAAUAUUAAAAUGUUGGAGGUUGAUCCCAAAAAAGUGAACAUCAAUGGAGGAGCUGUUUCUUUGGGACACCCAAUUGGUAAAUGCUUUUUUAAUUCUAGGAUGUCUGGAGCAAGAAUUGUUGUUCAUAUGGUCCAUGCCUUGAAGCAAGGAGAGUAUGGUCUUGCAGGAAUUUGCAAUGGAGGAGGUGGUGCUUCUGCAAUACUAAUCCAGAAGUUGUAGAAUAAUGGAACAAGUACCCUCAUAUGUAUAUGUUACUGGAAGCGAUUGACCAAUUAAUAGUGUUAAAAGUAUGGAUGCUAAAGCUUAUACAAAUCACUUAAACUUUUCUGAUGAUUAUUUUUUUAUAUUCUAACUUUUAGAAAUUUGAAAUAAAUCACAAAGCCUUUUUUAAAAAUUGUAUAGUACAAAUAAAUUUUCUUGUCAUCAGAUUUGAUCAUCCAAGCCAUUUUUAGCAUAAAAGGGUGUCUUGUCUCUAAAGGCUUUUCAGUUUCCAGUAAGAUGAUCUUGGGCAUGAUUAUUCAGCUGAAAAGCACUGAAUUUCAAAAUGGAUUUUCAGAAUUCUUCAGUGCCACAAUGGCAGGAGCAUGUAUGAGUGCCUUCCAAAAAACUCUUGACUUUCUUUUUGGUAAAAUAGUUGUGAACUGAACUUUUAUUAAAGCUCUGAAUUUUUCACUA